AUGACGGCUACACAUUCAGUGAAAGAGGUGCUGGGGGAGAGCUUGAAUGUCUACAUCUCUGGAUUGUUCAAAGCAGAGUACUCCCACCCGUUUAUGAACAUCGAUGCCGUUGUCGUACCAGACAGUGUCAAACCCAUCCCUCCACAGUGGGUCAACGAUGUGGAGCUGGAUGAGUUUGGGGCCGAAAUGGGCGACGUGAUCGGAGAAGGCCCUGUUCUGGCUUGGAGCACGGAGGAGCGCAAACAGCGAUACCAACAUGCCCUUCGCAGACUGGACCUCAAUGAGGAGAUGCUGAGCUCGAAGCGCAUCACAUUGAUGAGCAAAACAGAGCUCGGCCAAGAAAAGAAGCGUGUCAAAGCGGAACUCAAACGCUACGACACUGAUUGGAAGAAACAGUUCAAGGUGUUGCCGAACCACUCCCAAAAGGAGGUGAUGCGACCGCUGUACCUUUACUACAGGCGGCUGAAGAACCAGCUAGCCAGUGCGGACUCGGGUGCUCGAGAUCAAGACAGCGAUGACGACCUCUUGGGAAGGCCAUCUGGACCUGAAAGUGCGCGGUCUGGCAGGCGGCCAAACAGGGAGAAAACAGAGCUGCAGAUCUCCCAGCUUGAGGCGCGGGCCAACUCGCUGCAACAGGAGAAAGGUGUCAUAAGGACAAAGUUGAAGGAGUUCCAAGAGAACUUUCUUCUCCAGCAUCAUCGCAAGAUUCGCUUCCACAAGGACAUCCUGCCCAUCGAGAAGGAGUACAGGAUGUACAAGAACAUCAAAGAGGAGCUGCAAAAGGCCACAACACGGCCCUUCGCUUUCGGGGUGUCCUCCUCCUGGCAGCUGGAUACCUCAGAUGAGCUGAACCCUGUUGCAGCCGUCAUGAGAGGUAUCACUUUGACUGAGACAAAGAUUAUGAUGAUUCUGCUGCUGUUGGGCCAAUCGCUGCUGUCACCGGUCGCCGCGGUGCUGGCGCUGGUGAACUGCCCUAGCUUCGUGAACACUGGCGUCCAAGGCCGCCUUGCGAAGGAGACGGCACUGAGAGCCGAGGCAAAGAAGGCGCCCAAGAAGAAGGCCAAGGGUCCGUGGGUCGGACCAAAGAAGGGAUCAUGGGUGAAGAUCCUGCGCCCUGAGUCCUACUGGUUCCAGCAGCGAGGGCAGGUGGUGAACGUGAACCAGAAGCCAGAAGUCAAGUACCCAGUUACUGUGAAGUUCGACUCAGUGAACUAUGCCAACGUGAACACCAACGGCUAUGCGCUCUGGGAGGUCAUCGAGGCGCCUGCCCCUGGCCCAGGCGAGGUCUGA